AGCUCAACCGAUCUGGGAUUGAGACUGCAUACCUGGUACCUUAAUCAUGUUAUUCCUACGGUCUCGCUACCUCUUGCCGUUCUCGAAAAGGCUCUUUUCCACCUCUACUCGCCGUGAUGCCACGUGGGGAUUUGUUGGACUCGGGCAAAUGGGAUACCCUAUGGCUCGGAAUCUACGUGUCAAGGCCUCCGCCGACGAUAUGCUUGUUAUCUUCGAUGUGAACAAGGAUGCGACGACGCAGUUUGUGGACGAAUUAGGCUUGACGUCUAAGAAAAUUGUUGUCGCGGGCAAGCUCGAGGAGGUUGUGGAUAGGAGUGACACAAUUAUAACUAUGCUCCCUCAGCCACAGCAUGUUAAAACUGUUUUUAGUUCUUUCCUUAAUGUAUCUUCUAGCCCUGCUGGAAAGGAGCAAAAACUCUUCAUCGAUUGCUCGACAAUCGACAUAUCUACCUCUCUUUCAGUCGGCAAGUCCGUGUGCGAGUCUGCUCUCAAUGGACAGUUUGUCGAUGCACCCGUAUCCGGAGGAACUGUUGGAGCGGCUGCGGGGACGUUAACCUUUAUGGUUGGAUCUGAGCCGGCACUCCUGCCCAGGAUUAUGUCUCUCCUUUCCCGCAUGGGUAGUCGCGUUAUCCAUUGCGGACCGCCCGGUGCCGGGUUGGCAGGGAAAUUGUCCAAUAACUACCUUCUCUCUAUAACCAAUAUCGCUACUGCCGAAGCGAUGAAUCUUGGGAUCAAAUUGGGAUUAGAUAGCAAGGUGUUGAAGGACCUUAUCAAUGUCUCUUCUGGAAGGUGUUGGAGCAGCGAAGUCAACAAUCCCGUUGAUACAGCACAGAGGGAAUUUAAGGGAGGAUUUGGGGUUUCUCUUAUGAAGAAGGAUCUUAAGCUUGCCAUCCAAGCUGCUGAAGAGACUGGAGCGAAAUUGGCCAUGGGUGAGAAGGCAAAGGAGGUUUAUGAAGCUGUCGAAGGGGUCGAGGAAUGCAAGGGGAGAGAUUUUUCGGUAGUUUACAGAUGGCUGGGGGGAGAGGAGGGGAAAAUGUAA